AGUUAAGAUUUUGGGGGCAGUGCUCACUUCACUGCAACGCCCCCACGCGCACAGCGCGAGAGUUUCUACUACAAGAGUGGGGCGGUCUGGUGUUUAGAUGACAUGAACUUGGUAUGCUGUUUGUGUGCUUAGAGGAUCUGUUGAAUCCAUUAAUCCAUUUAGGCUCUAUAAAUGGAAUUCUUGUGAAAAAGGAUGGAAAAGUCGGACGCAUGCGAUCCAUACAGCCGACCCGCGCGCAGGACACAAUGGAUAGUGAGCACUCUGGCGUAUCAUUACGGACUAGACCGUGGAGUGGAAAACGAAAUUAUAGUCCUCGCAACCGGGUUGGAUCAAUACCUCCAAGAGAUAUUUCAUCACCUAGACUGUCAGGGAGAUGGGAAAAUACCAGCCGAGGAUUUUAACAUUCUUUGCGAUAUUUUAGGACUCAAUAAAGAGUGUGAUCUAGAGGAAUGCGCGGGGAUAUUGGAUAAUCUACCCAAAGAGUUCAGCUUCAGGCAGUUUCACGCAAAACUCUGCGGUUAUUUUAGUACCAAAGCUGGGUGUCAGUAUGAGAAUGGGAGGUUGUUGGUUGGCAAGGAGAGCGAGCAUAUAGAGACGCAGAUCAGACUCCGGAGCCCUUUGAGGCGGCGCGAGAAGCUGCUGUCGUUGGGUACCAGCAAUAAGCGAGAAAGCGGAGAGCCUUCUUCGCCCACUGUGGAUAGACACACAUCAGGUUGUAGGCAGCUGGGAUCCUGCACCAAGGAGUGUUACGAGGAAAUCGUGGCACUUGAGGAGGCUGAGGACAGGAUAGCCAAACUUGAGGAGGAAAAUGCCAGUCUCAGGGAGUUGGUGGAGGACAUGCGCGCGGCUCUUCAAAGCAGUGAUGCUCGAUCACUGGCCCUACAGGUGGGUCUGUGGAAAAGCCACUCGAAACAUAAACCAGAGGGUGGCUGUUUCAUCGCCCACCAAAGGCGAACAGCCCAGAAGCCCAACAUUUCUGGGAACCUGAAGGACAUCCAGAGUUUCCUGAGAGAAGUGGAGCUCAUCCGGAAUUCCCGGGAUGGGCAAAUCGAGGAAGCCAUGUUCUUCAACCGUAAGCUGGAGCAAGAACUGCGAGUAUCACGCGAGACCGUGUUGAUGCUGGAGGAUUGUAACAGGACUCUAAAGAAGGAGCAGGUGGAGAUGAGGAAGAGGGUGGAGGAAGCCAGACAAGCUGUGCUGAGUGGCCUCAAGAAAGUGAAGGAGCUGGAGACCAAAGCCAGUCAUGUGCCUGUUCUGCAGAGGCACGUUGAGCAGCUAGAGAUGGAGCUUCUGUACUACAGAUCUGAAGUGUCUAAAACAUCCGUUGCAUUCAUCAGUAAAUCGGACAGACGGUAUAAUGGGGCCAGUCGGCCUGCGCCACGCUGUUUUCUAGACACAGAGCAGGAUCGACACUCACCGACGGGACGUGCAGAGACUGUGCCUGACACCAUGGAGGAGCAGCUUUUCCGAUCAGUGGAGGGUCAGGCGGCGUCUGAUGAAGAGGAAGAGAGAUGGACCGGAGAGCAGCAGAGACAAGUAGACGAGGUGAAGCGAAUCCUCACCAGACUGUCCUGCUGUGGAGACAGGUGUGAUGAGAAAGCAGUGAAGAAGCUGUUGUCUCAUUUCGGCGACUCGCGCACCGAGGAGAGUCAGACGGCCGUGCUAGAGCUGCUGGAGAGGGUCACGCGACUCAACAAACAACUAGAACUGAAGGAGAGUCAGGCCAGGAGGGUGGAGAUGGACACAGACCAGAUGCGGGACGCCCUGGUCCAGGAGCUACAACAGAAGGCUGAGGAGACGGAGCUGCUCCACCUGGAGCUGCAGAUGCUGGAGACGGAGCGGGUGCGUUUGUCUCUGGUGGAGGAGAAACUGAUGGAUGUGCUACAGCUUCUGCAGCAGCUGCGAGAGCUGAAUGUCUCGAGAAGAUCUUUAGGAAAGAUUUUACUCAGCACAUUGGAGUCUUGCAGUGAUCCUCAGCAUGGGAAAGCACAUAUCUUGGAGGUGCUCAACGCUCUCUGUCAUGAACUGGCUGCGUGUGAGAUCCUCUCUAAUGGCGAGACAAUACAGAGAGCAGAGAGUCACCAGUCUCUCACCAACUCUCUGCUCAUCUCCUUCUAGACAUUACUGCCACCUGAUGGUCACAGGGUGCUACAGACUCUUCCGAAAGGACUUUUAACUGGCCAUGUUGGAAAAUGGGACCAAAAUUAGCUAUGUAUUUUUCUUCAUGUGUUUAUAUUUCUGUGUAUAGUUGUGUAAAACAUUUAGCUCGUUAUCAUUUAUAAUGAAACAUGAUGUGA